CAAUGACGCUCAGUAGUUUGCUUGAUUGCGAUCGCUCGCCAGAUGGAUACUCGUCGUCUGAAGAGGAACAGCUGCAGCGUGUGGAUAUAGGGAAAGAUUCUGUCCUUGCUGUUGGACCGAAAACAUUGUUGAUUUUGACCGCUAAGUCUCUUGUCAUCGCUGAUGAAAACGCGAAGAAAAAGGAUUCCCGUAGCUGCUGUUCCCCAUAUUGGUGCUCUGGGAAAUUGCAAAGACUAUCUAUUCCGUAUUUUAACGUCUUAUGGGCGGACGUAUCCCACGAGUACAUCACCAUAAAAUAUGCAGAAUCAACCUCAAACGACGAUGUCUCAGUUGCGUCAGUGUACUACCCAGUUGAUCCGGCGCACAAAUCGAAAACUAAACAAUGGCUCGAGGAGCUUAUGAACGCGGCUUACGGGAAAGCACAGCGCGAAAAGAAAGUCAAAGUGCUUAUAAAUCCGUUCGGAGGGAAAGGUCGAGCUCAAAAGCUGUAUUCCAGGGAGGUUGAGCCUGUAUUCGCAGCAGCACAAUGCGAAGUUGAUGUUGAAAUAACUACUCAUCAGGGUCAUGCGGUAGAGAUUGCACAGAAUAUUGACCUUCAAGCGUAUGAUGUGAUUGCGCCUGCAUCUGGUGAUGGUGUUGCCUACGAAGUUUUUAACGGAUUGGGUAAAAGAGCUGAUGCUGGCGAAGCACUCCGCAGUCUUGCGGUAGCCCAUAUUCCAUGUGGAUCCGGAAAUGCAAUGAGCUGGAAUCUUUACGGUACGGGUUCUCCGAGCAUGGCUGCACUUUGUAUAGUUAAGGGUUUGAGAACUCCCUUAGAUCUCGUCUCCAUCACACAAGGAGAUAGAAGAACGCUGUCGUUUCUGUCGCAGUCAUUUGGUAUAAUUGCUGAGAGCGACCUUGGAACGGACCAUAUCCGAUGGAUGGGUAGCGCUCGCUUCACAUAUGGAUUUCUAGUUCGGCUUUUUGGGAAAACAGUGUAUCCGUGUGACCUUGCUGUCAAAGUUGAAAUUGGCGAUAAAGACGACAUCAAGGAUCAUUAUCGAGCCGGGUUGGAACAAAAGUCUUCUCAUUCACCCCGAGGUUCUAAAUCUGAAACCGUUGGACUCCCGCCUCUCCGGCACGGUACGGUCGCUGAUCCCCUCCCUGACGAUUGGGAGCUUAUCACGCACGACAAAAUGGGUAACUUUUAUGCUGGAAACAUGGGAUAUAUGGCACCAGAUGCCAAUUUCUUCCCAACUGCGCUACCAAAUGAUGGGAUGCUCGAUUUGAUAACAAUUCGCGGCGAUAUUUCUCGGCUAACUGCGCUUCAGAUGCUUAUGGCUGUUGAAAAUGGUACGCUGUUUGACAUGCCUGAAGUACACGUCCAGAAGGUUUCCGGCUAUAGGAUUAUUCCCCGGGAAAGGGAGGAUGGCUAUAUUAGUAUCGAUGGGGAGAAAGUGCCAUUUGAGCCUUUUCAAGCGGAAGUCCAUAAAGGACUCGGGACCGCUAUUUCGAAAUCCGGCCACAGGUACCAAACACCGGAAAUCCGGUGAUUUUCCGCUGCCUUCUUUGAAGAUGAUACAGGAAUCCCGCCCCCGACGAUUCACAAAAUCCUGUGGCACCGAUACUAUGUUCGUGGAGCUAUCCGUUUUAUUUCCAUCAGCAUUCCUUUUCUGCCUUGGCUUGAUGGCAUAUUGGAGGGUGCUGGCGUCAAGAGAUUCAGAUUUUGUACUUUUAUUCCGUUGGUUUCUCCUUUCAAAAUCUCCGCCCAAGUCUUCCACCUUUCCUUGGCAGAGCCCUUUUUAAGCUCUUUUCCCUGAUUGUCCAAGACCCAUCAUGGUGGUUCCAUUGUGUUGUUGUUGGACGCUAUCACGACGUGUUAGAAAUAAAUUUCAUUCUUACAAUCUUCAGGCCUUUUGAUGCCUCCUAGCUGGGAUAAUGGCGUUUUCCCAGCGCCCAGCAGGUGCAUGUAUAUUACUGCAAGGCAGGGACGAAUUUCUUCGACAGAUUUCAGCCUGAUCGCUGGAUGAUGUGGCUUCUGUUAACCUCCUGGCACCCAGAUAUGAGAUAUUAAGGGCCAGAAACACAUAGCAUUGUAUGUAGG